CAGCAUAAGUACCUGGGGCAGCGUGGACCUCCCCAGCUAGCCCGGAGCAGCCCCAGGAGAACAUGGCCUUCAGUGGAACAUGGCAGGUGUACGUUCAGGAGAACUACGAGGAGUUCCUCAGAGCCAUCUCCCUUCCAGAAGAUGUCAUCAAGCUGGCCAAGGACAUCAAGCCUGUGACAGAGAUCCAGCAAAAUGGCAACGACUUCGUCAUCACCUCCAAAACCCCUGGCAAGUCUGUCACUAACUCCUUCACCAUCGGCAAAGAGGCUGAGAUCACAACCAUGGACGGCAAAAAGCUGAAGUGCAUUGUCAAGAUGGAGGGUGGCAAGAUGAUGUGCAACACAGAGAAGUUCUCCCAUGUCCAGGAGCUCAAGGGAGGAGAGAUGUGGGAGACUCUGACGGUGGGCUCCACGUCACUCAUCAGGAAGAGCAAAAAGAUGUGAUCUUGGAGGGAGACAUACUGGCUAUUUAAAUAAACUUGUUGCUUGACAUUA